UCCUAAAGUUGAAUUUCCCUUCCGAGUUCCAACAGUAGUAGAGUCUUUGAGAAUCUCUCUUACGUUCAGAUAGACUUCAUACUCCGUUUUCAUGAAGAGAGAUAGAUCUGAAUCUGAAGAGAUCGAGGCCGCAGCCAUGGCCAACUGUUUGAUGCUUCUUUCCAAGGUAGGCCAAAUAGAGGUGGCGGCAGGUGGUCGUUUAUUCACUUGCAAGACGUGCAACAAGCAGUUCUCAUCGUUUCAGGCGCUGGGUGGACACCGUGCCAGCCACAAGAAGCCUAGGUUGUUGGGAGGAGAGUUUCUGGAACUGCCAGUUUCUCCAAAGAAACCGAAGAUACACGAGUGCUCGAUUUGUGGGCAGGAGUUCAUGCUUGGUCAGGCUCUGGGAGGUCACAUGAGGAAGCACAGAACGUCUGCCGAGAGCGAUGUGUUGAAGACUCGUCGUCCGGUACCGAUGAUGAUGAAGUCGGCGAGCAGUAAAAGAAUUUUGUGUUUGGAUUUGAACUUGACUCCUUUAGAGAAUGAUCUGAAAUUUGUCCGGUGAAGUUGGCGCCUGUUAAUUGAUUGCUUCAUGUGAAAAGCUUGAAUUUAUGAAUUCGAUUGGUAUCUAUUUAUUUAUUUUUUUUGGUACACAGAUUUUUCAUUAUAUAUUUUUCCAGAAAUAGGAAGCGGAUUUUUAAGAUUCACAAUUGGUGGCAGUAAUUAAUUUUUAAAUUUCAUUUUUUUUAUUGUUAUUCUUUAUCCAUUUUAUUUUAUUUAUUCAUCUCAUCAAUAUAGUUUUCUUUUCUAA